GGUUCUGGAAGACCUCUUCCCAGGUGCCUUGGGCCCUGCUUACGCCCAAAAGGCAGCCCUAAAAACAUGGGCAUGAGCAUCCCCGAGUGCCUGGGACAACUAGACAUCCGCAAAGGAGUAGUGGGCUUGGCCACGGGCGCCGGGGCCAUCUACCUGCUCUACAAGGCCAUCAAGGCUGGCAUAAAAUGUCAACCGCCUAUCUGUACCAACUCGCCCAUCUGCAUCGCCCGUGAGUGUCCGGGCCCUGGGGAAAGGGCUCUGCCCCCGGAGGCACCCGCUUCUGAGGCCUCCUCUGUGGGAGGGCCCAAAGGUUUGGCCAUCGAACGAGAGCGGCAUGGACGGGACUCAGGCGAGCUCCGGAGACUCCUCAAUUCUUUGGAGUGCAAACAGGAUGAGUAUGCCAAGAGCAUGAUCCUACACAGUAUCACGCGGUGUGUGUACUUGCUGGAGGCUGAGGCCUCUGCUUGCACUGUGGAUGACAUCAGGUUGGUGGGCUGCAUGUUGGAUGACAAGGACAACAGUGUCAAAAUCCAAGCUCUGAACACGCUUAAAGCUUUCUCUGGCAUCAGAAAAUUCAGGCUCAAAAUCCAGGAACACUCCAUCAAGGUGCUGGAACUGAUCUCAACCAUCUGGGACUCGGAGCUGCACAUUGCUGGCCUCAGACUCCUCAACAACCUCCCACUGCCUGACUUUGUGCACCCGCAGUUACGACGAGUGAUGCCCUCCUUGAUGGAGAUCCUGCAGUGUGACUACAUCCUGGCACAGGUGCAAGCCAUACGACUAUUGAGCUACCUGGCACAGAAGAAUGACCUACUCUAUGACAUUCUCAACUGCCAGGUGCACUCCAACUUCCUGAACCUAUUCCAGUCCACACAGCCCGGGAGUUUGCUGUUUGAGGUGCUGGUGUUUGCUGAGCGGCUAAGCGAGGGCCGGAACGUACCCCACUACCGUGCUGUGAAGUGGCACUAUAAUGAACAAUCCCUGCACGAAGCCCUCUUUGGGGAUGAGUCCCGACUGGCAGACCGGCUUCUCGCCCUGGUCAUCCACCCUGAGGAAGAUGUUCAGAUCCAGGCCUGCAAGGUCAUAGUCAGCUUACAGUGUCCCCAGGACUUGAGACCCCGGCCCUCCUGCCAACCCAGUUCAUCCUUCUUUAAUUGUGGGGAAUAA